ACACAUACAAGUCUCAGAAUGUUAGUCAGGAAUUAGUGUAAUGAAGUGUCCUAUGUGUAACUAUAAUCUGUGGGUGUCUCUGUGAGUUUUCCUGACAGAACGUUUUUAGCGUUUCAAUAGCGUGAGUUGUCUUGUUGUCAUGGCUGUGACACUUGGUGUUAUUUUCAUACUUCUAGCUUCUUUUCACAACUGUGAUGGGCACCUGAGCUUUGCGUCCUACUAUGGAGACCACAUGGUGCUGCAGAAGUCUCCAGACAGAGCUGUGUUGUGGGGGUUCGGUCCUGAGGAGGCGCAGGUCACAGUCUUCUUGUCAGGACCAGUGACACAGAAAACUUUGGUCACUGUGACGGGAGGCACCUGGCGAAUUACCCUUGACCCUGUUGAUGCUGGUGGUCCCUACAAUGUGACAGCAACUUCUCAGAGCAGCACAGCUAGUCUGACAGAUGUGCUGUUUGGAGACGUUUGGCUGUGUGGUGGUCAAAGCAACAUGUACUUUAAAACAUCGCAGAUUUUCAGUGCAUCAGAGGAGCUGGCCCUCUCAGCUAAGUAUCCACAUGUGAGGCCUUUCAUGGCAGCCUUGAACAUGAGUGAAACUGAGCUAACUGAUCUGAUUCAAGUGGAGCUCCCAUGGUUUGUUCCCACAGCAAAUGUUCUCGCAGAGUUUUCUGCAGUGUGCUGGCUCUUUGGACGUCACAUGUAUGAGAACUUGAAGUACCCGAUAGGACUUGUGGAGUCCUGUUGGGGAGGCACACCUAUCGAAGCCUGGUCAUCUUCAAGAGCCCUGCAGCAGUGUGGACUGGAGCAAACUGAAGACAGUCCUAAAGAGAGAAAUUCAGUUUUAUGGAAUGCAAUGAUCCAUCCAGUGCUCAAUAUGACCAUCAAAGGAGCCAUCUGGUACCAAGGUGAGUCAAAUGCAGACUAUCAUCAGGACAAGUACAGCUGUUCCUUCCCUGCUAUGAUCGAUGACUGGAGGAUGGCAUUUCACCACGGCUCAGGGGGCCAGACAGCUCUCGAUUUUCCAUUUGGGUUUGUCCAACUGUCCACCUACGAAAAACUCUCCACAGAUGACAGCUUUCCGAACAUCCGCUGGCACCAAACAGCAGACACUGGCUUUGUCCCGAACCCCAGGAUGAAGAAAACCUUCAUGGCUGUGGCUUUGGAUUUACCGGAUGAAACUUCACCCUACGGCACGAUCCAUCCAAGAGACAAACAGGAUGUAGCUUAUAGACUGACAUUGGGUGCCAGGGCAGUGGCUUACAAUGAAAAGGAUGUGCCCUUCCUUGGACCUUUCCCCACCCAAAUCCUGUCCACUCAAAUGUACGUCAACAUUACCUACGACCAAGCAAUCUCUGUCACGCCGUCAAGAGACAUCUUUGAGCUCUGUUGCCCGGGGAUAUGGGCUCCAUGUGGGCCGAAGUCCUUCUGGGUUCCAGCUCAAAUCAUGCAGUGGGGUCCAACCACCAUCCAGUUAUCUUCCCUUCUGUGUCAGCUCUCUGGUGAAGUUGCUGCUGUUCGAUAUGCAUGGAAAGACUGGCCUUGUGAGUUUAAAGGCUGUCCAGUCUACAGUGACAGUAGGAUUUUACCUGCACCUCCUUUUAUUAUCAGUCGCUAUGCAAGCAAAAGAAGCAUUUGGACAAGCUACUGAGCCAUAAACUGGAAGAAGACAGUGCUAAAAAAAUAUUUGUGCUUCAGGUUCUUUAGGUUUAAAUUAGGUGAUUGACCGAUAUGUAGUGGGAUGUCCCUGAUCAUACUGUAAGUUCAUGACAAGAUAAAUGGUGGAGUGAAUUACUGUCAUACUGACGGCAAGUUAAAUUUAGAAUGUGUCAGUGCCAGAGCCCAUGAAUUAGUAAAAAUAUUGUCUCAUUUCAUGAUGUUUAGAUACCAAGCAUGUCAUGACAUGCAUUUAGCCUAAUUUUUAUAAGUCAAUCACAAAGAAACAUCCAUUUGUUCACUUCAGUCUUACUACAGUGAAAAAAAACUUUAGACUAAUGCUACUAUGUCUUAUGCUUAACUCACCAGCAUUUUAUUAAGUGUUUUUUUUUUUUUCCUUUUCAUUUUUUCAAGUUUUUCGAAAGAUCAUUCUGUCUCAUAAAUGCUGAAAAUGAAGUAUUCUGUGUACUAAGUAAUGUCUUUAAUUUGCUGGAUUGUGGUCAUAUCUUUUAAGGGUUGCAAGUCAAAUUUCCCUAUGGGAACAAUAAAGUAUUCGUAAAACUUUGAUAUAAUUGUUUAUUUUGUACACAAUAUAUGCUUGUGCAACCACUACAGACAAAUGCUGUACUGUGUGACCAUAUUUUUUAUUUUUUAAAAAUAGCUGACGUUUACAACACAAGUCAUUAUGACUUAACAUAAUUUGCAUAAAUAAAUGAGAAAAGAAAACUAAGUUUGUCUGGGUCUGUUACAUUCAAAAGCAGCACCUUUGCCUUUAAAGAAAAACUGGACAAAAUGCAAUGAAAAUAAGGAAUAAUCUAAGUAUGAGCUUGUCACAGCUGGGGGAAAAAAAUAAAUGCAAUGUGUAACUG